AUGGCGCAUGUCGCGCAGAUCUGGGCGCUUUGGUGGUUUUUUUGGCAACACGUGGUAGGCGAUGUGGAUUGGCUAGGGUUUCACACGGGUGAAAUAAUCACUUCACCGCAGCCCGGUGCUUUGCCGGAACGUACGCGGCAUUCCGCUAAGAUCGCAAUUUGUUCGGUGGUGUGGUUAGGUUGGCUAGCUACUGCUGUCACUGCACGUCGAAUCUUCAAACGCGUGAUGCCCGCGAUGGUAUACGUUUUGUGCAUCAACAUGUAUGUCUUUGCCAUUUGCUUCCACGCAGAACUGUUCGGAGUCUCGGGCCUUGCCAUGACCUUGUGCACAAACUUCGCAUCGUACCUUCAUCAGCCCGGGAAAAGGCUUUUUGAUGUUGGUUUUGUGCUCGUACCUGAGCUUGGAGGUGGGAGUCGACUCGAACCUCUUUCAGAUGCACUCACUGGUGCAAUGCCGGUUGCAACAUUUCUAUAUGUCAUGUUGUUCCUUGAUCGCCGUCGCCGUUGCCGCUGCCUCACAGACUGGUUCCGGAUGAUGACGGACCUGCACCUCACUGUCAGUCCAAGGCGCAGGGACACGGAGUCUACCUCCCUCCCGGUACUUGGCAUGACAUCGCAACAUCUUUGA